GCACCAGGAGCAGUCACCAGUGAAACCACCCCAGGAACAACCGCCGGCCGCCAGUGCUGCAGCACAAACAGCCAAACUGGUGCACGACACCGGCAACGGCAGCGAGGAGGUGGACUCGAUCACGCGAUCGUACCAUCAACAAGGGCCCCCGCCACCGCCACCGCCACCGCCCCAGGUACUGGAGCUGCCACCGUACCCGAGUCCGCCCUCGACCACGUGCCAUUCGCGACAGGCAAGCGAAGACUUUCCACCGCCACCGCCCGCCAUCGACUUUGAGCCGCUGAACGAGCAGCUCAGCGAGAUCCAGAGCUUGCAGGCUGCGGCGGCGGCGACGGCGGCGGCCAGCAACAGUGGUUACGCACAACAGAACAAACAGCUGCUCCAGCAACAGGCACGUGAUCAAUCAUCACCCGGCAUCCAGAACACGACCAGUAUUUUGGCGCAGCUGCAGGCCAAGCAGCUGCAGCUGCAGCAGAAGCGACAGCAACAGCAACAGCAGCAGCAGCAGCAGCAGCAGCAGCAGCAACAGUAUCUCCCCAACAACCCCAUCAGCGCGAACGAGAUUCUCAACGAGACAACCCGAUCGGAGAUCUGGUUGAAGGAGCUGCAGAUGAAGCAGCUCGCCCUCAAGCACCAGCAGCAAUGCCGCGAGGUGACUGUGCAGCAUCAGCAGCAACAACAAUCGGCCCACGAACAGCAGCACCAGCAGCAGCAGCACCAGCAGCAGCAGAACAGCCACGGUGAUCAGCGUAGUGUGCGCGAUCUGGCAUCACGGUUCGAGCAAAUCAAGCUGCCUGUUGGGCAGCCAGCACUAGCGGCGGGAUCGGCGGCGUCGCUGCUCCCUUCCAACGUGCGCACCGGCAUGAGCGGUUUGCUGCUGGAUCAGCACCAGCAGUACCCGAAACAGCAACCGUGUGUCAGCCUGCGGACGGCAACCCCUUCACCGACCGUGCCGAACCAGAGGCAGAGCGAAAGUGUGACAGAAUCGCCGACACCGCUACCACCGCCAGCUGCUGCUGGUGCUGCGACCGAGGCAGCUGGUGUGGACGAGGUAGACUGUUCGAUGGUGGCGGCGGCGGCGGCGUACCGUAUGCAGCUACCGAAGCCCCGUUACGAUAUCGCCCAGAGCCAGAUCCAGGAGGAGAUCCGUGAGGUCGAGAUGCUGAACCAGGUCGUCCAGCAAACGCUCAACAAUGGGGCACCGGGCAAAGGGGACGGUGGUGCGCAGCCGCCACCACCCGCCAAGUCAGCGCUCGGCCGGACGAAGAAGAAAAGCGUCUCGUUCUGCGAUCAAGUCAUCCUGGUGGCGACGGCCGACGAGGACGAGGACGAUGGUUUCAUCCCGAACCCGAUCCUCGAGCGUGUCCUGCGAACGGCCACGGCCAACGGUGGCACCGCACCCGGUGACAACGAGCCCAACCCAACGACGAGCUGCGAUUGGUUAAAUGGGGGUGCGUCGGAAGUGCCACCCGGUGGUGGCCAUUUGUCUGGCCAACCCCCCGGUGGUACCGGUACGUCGUCUGGUGCACACGAGCGGCUACCAACCCUCUCGACCAGCAUCACGUACCAUCCGAUCAAGGCAGCGGCCGUACCAGCACCCGUAGCAUCGCCACCGUCCUCGGUCAUCGGUCAUCAGUCACCGUCGGUCGGUGGUUCCGGGCCCGCCUACUCACUGGCCGCUGAUAUGCACAAGCAGAACCUGGAGAUCCAGCGACAGCUACAGCAGCAGCAACAGCAGUACUACGGAGCGAGCAGCAGCAACAACACCAGCGAAAGCUAUCAACAGCAACAGCCACAAGCGCUGCAGCAGCAAACAUACUCCGUUAUCCCCUUAAAUGCUGCCGGUUUCAAGACACACCAGUUCUUGUCGACCUUGCCAAAGGUGCAGCAGCAGCAGCAGCAGCAGCAGCAGCAACAACAAUAUGCACAACAGCAGCAGCAGCAGCAGCGAUUAUAUGGCAGUGAUUCGGGUAGUGAACUCAGCUACGAUGGUCGCAGUUCCGGUUCGCUAACGGUAGGUCCAACAUCACCCUACAUGAGUGUACCGUACCAGCACGAGCUUCAUAUACCUGUGCAACACCAGCAGCAGCAGCAGCAGCAGCAGGUCAACAUUGGCUAUCAGACUGUUUCGGCUUCGCCAACAACCAUCACCACCAGCACGAGCGCUGCUGUAGUCGCGAACGGUACACCGGCACUACCACUUGGCAUCCGACAAAACCUGGCCACCAUGUUGCAGCAACAGCAACAGCAGCAAGGUAGCGCCGCAACCUUAAUGCGCUCAUCACCGAACGGUGGCAUCUCAAUGGCAACAGGUGGUGCAGGGGUGCAAGGUGUGUACCAGAAGCCACCACUGCCCCUCAGCAACUACCAGCAACAACAGCAGCAACAGCAUCACACAGCCGCCUACAACACCUACGCGCAACAGCAACAGCAGCAGCAGCUGAGCAGCUCACCUUACCAGCGGUUACCGCUAGUGAGCGGGUACGAGAUGAGCCCGUCGACGACUUCCCCGUACCACGAGCUGUCGGCCGUACAUCAGCAACAGCAGCAACUCCAUCCAGCCUUAGGUAUCCUUCAGCAACAGCAGCAACAGCAGCAACAACAGAAGCCCCCACAAAAGAAGGUAAGCUUCGAACCUGGCACCAAGGGUGGUAGCGCUGAUGGACCAUCCGGUUCACCACUGCCACCGGUCACCAGCCAACAGCAGCAGCAGCAGCAGCAUCAUCUGCCCUCCCCCCCGAUCGUGUCACUCGAUGGUCAACAGCAACAGCAACAGCAGCAACCGGCGUUAUCGAACAUCCUCGGCCUACCACCGACCCGUGUCGUCCCGAUUGCCACCUGCAAUGGUAACGCGAUCGUCAAACCAUCGGCCAAAGCGGUCCAGUGUAAUCUGUGCCGCAAGAAGCACUGCAUUCUGCCGGCCAUGUACUGUGCCGACUGUGAGUCGUACCUGGCGCGGUUCCAGCUCGCCGGUGCUGGACGCCGAUAGAAGCGGGGAAGGUUUGGCCGCCCCCCCCCCCCCCCCCCCCCAUUUUGCCGGGCCAAGAUGCAAACUGCAAAGCAGCAGCGAAAGGGAGGGGGGGUUUGUUUAUUUUUCUUUUAUUGGCGAGUGCGUGGCGCGGCGGUCUGUGAUAAUUGAAACCAAGAGCUGAGCUGAGGAGAUGGAGAGAGAGAGAGAAGGUUCGGGGCCGAGUGGUCAACAAUGCGUGCAGCGUUAGGGUGCGCACCAACGUUCAACGUUUAGAAGUAAGAUGCGCGCUGCGGAACCGAAGGCAAGUGGUGGAGCCGAUUCGCUAUUGACCGAUGGUUAAGCAUGGGUAGCAUGCAUCUGAUGCGGUUCCAUUGAUCGAACACUUGCCAAGUGCUGGUGAGCGUGGGCUGCGUAGUAAAAGCAAUCAAUUAUAGACACCCUGGGCCGAUGUAGCGGUAGUCCUUGUUAGUUGAAAAUGAAAAUCAAAUGUAAACAUAAGCAAUCAUGGAAGCGCCGCCACAAAAGCGCGCGUGUCGAAUUACGUGGUAAUGCCGUAGUAUUGCGCUCCACAUGCAGUGCAUUAAGCAUUUUAGGUAAGGAGCAACGUUAGUGACAGUAGGUAACUAGUGCCGCUACAUUAGACAACAAAAAAAUAAAAAAUAAACAAACAAACGACCGUUCAUACACCGUUACGCACGGAAGUGGAAGCAGCAGCAGCUGCAGCAGCAGCAGUAGUAGGGGGUGUGCCAUGUUCUGAGAUGAGACGUAGGAGCAGAGGAGAAUGAGAAGGGGCAGAGGGCAGCGAGGCCUCUUCCGGCUCGUCUUCUUCCUUUUCUGCUUCUGCUACUAAUUUUAUUAGUUUUAGUUUAAUUUUUUUUAAAUCCGUUCGUAGCACAUAAGUUUUGAACCCUAUUGCACUGGGAAACCUGUUGUCCCGGGGUGCGUACUCCAUACGAGAUCCAUUCCACUAGAGUAAGAAGAGUUGUGCAUGUGUGUGCAUGUUAUGCGUAACGCGUAGCAUACACAAUGCGCGCGCCCGCUUCAUUCCCACACUUAAGCAUUGAUACACGUACGCUAAUUAAUGUUUUAUUUUGUUUAACUUUUUUACCCUUCUACCUUCAUCAUUAUUCUUUAUUUUGCUCUCCCCACCCUCAUUUUCUAUUACUCCUCCCGCAAACCCUCCCGAAAAACUCACCUCUUUUAUUGUAGGUUAUCUUCGGCGUGUUACUCGCCGCCGCAUCGAUCAAGGAGCGAUGCCCCGAAAAAAAAACACCCGGCGAGUGCGGUGCGAGUGAACUGCGCAACCCAUAGAGACGUAGUAACGCAUAAGAAUUUUAUAACGAAUUUUGAAAUGACAAAAAAAAACACACCCACAAACACAAAACAAUCGAAAACAAUGAAAUUCAAGUAGAAUGAUUUUCUAAUAAAAGUUUGAAUUUAUUUUCAGAAAACACAAACUGUUUUAUUUACACAUCUGUUGGCAUCCGAAAUACUUAGCCGCUCUCUGUUAUCUAUCACACGCGCACCAACACAGGGUUGGCGUGAUGGCAUUGUUUGGUUACAAAUCGCAUAUCCCGUCUCUCAUUUGUAUCGUCAUGUUUUCGGAUUACUGCUCCCCUUGCCUCUGAAUCACGACACCGAUGAGGGUUUAUUGCACAAUUUAUUUUAUAAAUAAACGAUUUUAAUUCAGUCAACGUUGAAUUUCAUUAAUUUACUACUUAGUACUAUUAUAAAUAUCACGCGAGCGUGUGGACCGCUAAUCAAAAGAGGCGGCAGCGAAAAUAGCGACUCGAUUGACUCUGCACCAAAAAAAUAAAAACUAGGACCGGAACAAAUUGGAUUGCUGUCCUAGUUGAACUUUUAUGUGUGGAGCACGCUAACAGAUUUAACUGCUGUAUAUUCGCUGUCGCACGGGCACUCGGUCACACGUUCCAGACUAGGCACUCGACUCUGCUACCUUCUUCUACCUGUACAUGUUAUAUGCCUAAAUGUCAGUAAAAUUAACUGAACCUAAAUGAACAUAAACUAUGAAUGAAAACCACUACAGAUAACUACAUACAGGAUACGAGAGAAUAAAACGAAUUAUCAGUUAGGCAUCAACCACACCGGCCUGACGAGUCGAAUCGAAUACAUUUGGUCCUUCGAACCGGAUCUGUAGCAGACAGGUCGCGGUAUCGAUAGAAAACAGUUUGGUUGCUGCAGAAAGUCAGAAAGAAAGAAUGGCAGCUUCUGAUCGUACGCUUCAGUAGCCCCUGGGGAGUGAUUUGGCCAACCCGUGGGUUCAAAUGGAUGGGAAAAGGGUGGUACACGAUCAGUGAGAGCUGGUGGAGAAAAAAAAACAAGCGCGUUCAUUCGACCAUGCCCAGUUGGUGAAGAUAUGGUGACGGGAAGAUGCUGAAGCGAGAGUAUUUCAAGGCGUUGGUGAUUUCUUACCAAAAAAAAAGAAUCAUUUUUGAUGAUUUUUUGUGAAGGAACCAUUCAUUUUUUUUCUUUCAAAUGAAUGG